GAAUUGCACCAAACAUUUUGAUUUGAGCAGUUCUUUAACAGCAAGCUGUGUUGCAAGAUUCAUGAUUUGUUACGUGUGCCGGUUAUAUUUUUCUGGUUGGUUGGCUCGGUGCUAUCUCUAGAUGAAUGUCUGAUUAGAACUAACUAUGGACAAUUUUGUGUAUGUUUUCGAUGCCUGGAGAAAGUGAUCUUGUGGAGUCAUUUGUGUUUGACCAAGAACGAAUUCAGAUACCAUCAUUAGAAUGUUUAUUUGAAUUUGUUAUCUGGAACGAAUGAUUUAUGGAGGUAAGUUAAUAUGAUGUGAUCUGCUAAUGUCAAAAAUAUAUCAAGUCAAAGGAACAGUGUUGGUCUCAGUCUGCAUUUUGACAAAAUAAACACAUACUGCUUGAAAAGAUAGUAUGGACCUGUGCAAAGCUGUCAAUUGUUUCUUGAAUGUUGCACAUGUCAAAUAUUCAAUAGUGACAUCUCAUUUACAUCUACAUCUACUUUUAUUACGUUGGUAAAAUCUGUACAGGCAUCACACCAACCAACUCGCGUGCAAAGCGAGAAGACUAUGUGAAGGCUUGAAAUUAUAUUAAGAUCGAUUUUGAUCAAGAAAUGAGCCUGAAAUAUUCCACAAUAGUGCAAAUAGUUGUGAAAGCUGAUGGCAGAAAAGCAAUUGCGUGAUGCUCGAUAAGUUGUUAAAAUGAUGUCAUCACAUACCAGAUGAAAAAAAAUUUAGAUUCUCAGUCUGCAUUUUGUACCCACUCUGCUGUCUACAGUUUGUACCUAUUGUUUACAGUCUAUGCAGUCUGCAUUUUGUACUAACAGGUAUCUGUGGCACCAAUACAGUUUAUUUUUGGGUACAGUUAUUUGCACUACACACACAAUCUACCACAAAAUACCCAUGUGUGAGUUAAUUCGACUUUUUCGUUCUUUUCUGCAUUAAUAUUCUUCUUUCCUUUUGUGAAAAUGUAGAUGUCACUUACAAUGGGUUAAGUAAUCCACCCACCCCAUAAAAAUAACUCUUGCAUGCAUAGCAUGCCUAUGUUUUAGUAAUGUAACUUGUGGGCAAGACCCCUUGGAAGGCCUCAUUACUGCCAUUGAUAUGAUCCAGGUUUUGUCAAAUAAGCUACCUGAAGGAGAAUAGUAUGUCAAUUGUUUGUUUUCAUGUCUUUCAAUGUGGCUCUUAAAAGUAUAUUAUCUCUCACAGCCUGAGUCCUCCAUAAGCAGAAUAUGACUGGGAGGGCAAGGGGAAGAAGUCGAGGGCGUGGGCGAGGUGGAGGAGAAGCAUCACGGCCUGGAGAUGGCGCUCAGCAAGUUGCACCAUUUGUUGGACGUGGGAGAUCCCGGGGUCCCCCACCAGGCCAAGUUCCACAGCAGCAGCGACCAGUGGCACCUCCUAUAGAGGCCAUGGCUGGGAUGAGCAUGAAAGAACAGAGGCCUCGUGUGCAGAGUACAUCGGGUGCUCAAGAACAAAGACCACCACGUCUGUCGAGAGAUGUGGACGACAAUGUUAAUACCAAGCCAGCUCACCUUAUUGACAAAAAGGGUAACACUGGAACAAGGAUAGACUUGGUGACCAACCACUUCAAACUAAGAACCACAACAAAUUUUGGAGUUUACCAGUACAAUGUGAGCUUCAAUCCUGAGGUUGAGGCAAAACGUGCUCGGAUUGCUAUACUUUCCAGCCAGCGUGAUCUUAUCGGGCCAGUUCGUGCAUUUGAUGGCAUGAUUCUUUAUUUGCCAAGACGCCUUUCAGAAAUUGAAACAAGGUGCAACGUUACCCGGCCACAAGGAGAUGUUGUCCAGAUGACCAUAACGUUUACAAAUGAAGUUGAACCAGGUUCUCCAUCUAUGCUGCAGUUAUACAAUAUAAUCUUCCGAAGGUUUGUUAAGUUUUCCAUGGAUUUGUUUGGCUUUGAUGUUAUUUCGUUUGUUUGUAUGUUUUGUUUUUACUUGAGCUAGUAUAUUAUCCACAAUGUGAUGAAAUGAAACUUUAACAAGUUAUCGGUUGAAGUUCAGUCAUGUGAGGAAACCCUUUAUUAUUGUAGAAACUUGUUUAUAGCAACUUUGAAAAUCCACUUGUGAAGCUUGAGUAAUUGACAAGAUCUCAAGAUACUGUAAGUGAAAAAUAUUGGCUGACCAAUGCAACAGGUCUUGAACCAGGUUUUUGGCAUGGUGUAGUGAAUGUGAGAGCUUUUAAAAACUGAUUGUGACAAAUAUCUGUUUCCUGCAGGAUUCUAAAGGACAUUGGUAUGCAGCAAGUAGGGCGAAAUUAUUACAACAUUUCAAAGCCAAUUGAAAUUCCGAAGUUUGGGUAAGCAGGUGUAGUGCAUGUUAAUUGAAGUUUUCUCUAAGAAUUGAAAAAAUAUAUAUGACAAUUUGAAUUUAAUGUAGUUGCUUGGGUAAGUUUCACACUUGAGUAUUAAGGUGCUGUUGAUUGCUCAAAUCAAUUUUAAUUUUACCUAGGUUGCAACUUUGGCCUGGUUAUUCUACCUCAAUCUUGCCAUAUGAGACAGACAUUCUCUUGUCUGCAGAUGUUUCACAUAAAGUACUGAGAACUACAACUGUUUUAGAGUAUCUUUAUGAGCUAUAUGAACGCAUGGGUCAGAGAGGGAAUUUCCACAUGGAGGCCACAAAGAAGCUUGUAGGCCAAAUUGUUCUGACAAGGUAUUGUGAAACAAUUCACAGUGAUUCCAUGAGCAGUUGAACCUAGAUAGUUCAGAUUUUUUUACUGUGUAGACUUGAUUCCCUGGUCCAUUCUUUUCUUUGUAAACAUUGAUUAGUCACAUUCAAUGUCUGUAACAACUUUUUUUUAUCAAGUGAAGCAGAUGUACUGAAUCAAUGUUGAGGUAAUUCCGUUACAACAGCUUCGAUGAAUGAAUUAGCGAUGCAUACAUACUGUAGCAGCCUGAAACAAACUGAUUUAUGUGAGCAUUUUAAGUAGUAAAAUGUUUUUGUAAAUUUUUUUUUUAAUUCUGUGGUAGAUUUUGAUAACUUGGGAAAAUAAAUAUUUUUGGGUUGAAGGUAAGACACAAAGGAAACCCUAAAAAGGAACAACAAAUUUGCAGUAUUCAGUUGUUGGUGGGAAAGUCAAUUUUUUUUUUGGUUAACCAUUCCUUUAUUUUUUGCAAAGAAAAUCUGAAAGCUAUCAGGUGUCAUUGUGUUAGUAAGGUGUAAAUCUGCCCUAUACAGUUUGCAUAUUGCCUAAUGUCAACCAUAUAUGGAAGUGGUCAGGUCACUUUCAAGGGGUGAUAGCCCUGGGAAUAUGAGCUCAGGUCAUAAGUGCUUCUGUAAUCUGCCACUGAACAGACCUAUGGCAACAUAGAAUGUAUCAGUGUCAUGGUAAACAGCAAAUAAUUGUCAAUGGUGACAUCAUCAAUUUGUGUCUGAUUGGGUAAAGCCUCGUGUUUGGGAGAAGAUAACGCUUUCAAAUUACCAGGAAAUACAUGGUGUCUUCAAUUUGCUAAACCUUACUUGCAUUCCUCAUUUCAGGUACAACAACAAGACAUACCGCAUUGAUGACAUAAAUUGGGAAAUAUUCCCAACCAACACCUUCCAUGGAAGGUUCAAGGGAGUAGAAAGAGACAUCACCUACGUGGAAUAUUACCAAGAGGUACAGUUUUGAUACUUAUUGUUAAAUACCUUUUAUAACUUUUUUUAGUUUUAUUUUAUUCUACCUGAAUAUCAGGGUGUUUCAUGAUAUCUCAAGGUGGUUUAAGUAAUGUGUGCUUAUUUGAAGACUUACGACAAGGAAAUCACAGAUAUGGAACAGCCACUACUUGUUAGCCGUCUGAAGAGAGAGGUGAGUUUGUUUUUGUUCCCUCUCUAGUUUUUGUGGCAUACACUAGAGGUUGCCAAGAAAUAGUUAAAGCAGGCAGUCAUGGCCUAAAAUGCACUUGGCCAGCCAGAUAAUAAAAUUAUUCCCUUGAUAGGCAGCUAGGCCUCCACUAGUAAAGAGCCAUUGCCUUUGUAUUAAAGACUUUUAGAAGGAACUUUACUGCUAUUUAAUUCUCUCUUGCAUUAUAAUCUUUUGCACAAAAUUUCCCUUUUAUAGCCAGGACAGAAGACCAGAAUCCCCAGUGGUGAACUUCUUCUGGUACCAGAAUUGUGCUUCUUAACAGGUGACACACUCUCAAAUAAGAAACCAGUUAAAAUGUACACUAGUAAUGUUAUAAUGACAAUAACAUUACCUUACUAGUUCUAAAAAUUGAUGCAAUUAAGUGUUAGCUCCUCCUUUUUGUUGUUUGUGUAGAUUAUGUUGGUCAUUUAUCUAUUCUCAUUCAUCCUCAAGCAUCUUUUACAGGGCCAAUCUGAAAUCCACUUAAUGUGAGAUUGCCUCUUGUAUAAUAGUUUUUAUUAAUGUAUAGAUUUAGCCAAGCCUGAAAGUGAAGCUCUUCUUAGUUUAUUUUCCUGCCCUUCGUUGUAAUUAAACCUGUAAUAAAACUCUUCAGCACAAGCUGUCAAAGGGGUUCUUCAAGGUGAUCUAGGAGUGUGGAGAGUUGAUGGGGUCUGGAACCAAGGGACAAUGUUCUCAUAACUUUUAAAGCAAUCAACACGCAUAUUAGUCAGUGGUAUUUUCAAGCAGCUGAGGACCUUUGUUGGUGUUACAGAUGUUUUGAACAAAUUUUCAAAGAUGGUGACUGUUUUCUUCUUUAGAUAUAGUGUAUGGAAUUACGGUCAACUCGCCGACGCCAACUCGCCGACAUAUAAAAUCGAGUAGAGACGUCGGCGAGUUGGUCGUCAAUCCGAUACAACUUAUUAGAAGUUAAACAUACAGAAAAGUAAACGAUAUUUAGUAAAAAAACACUGGUGAACAUUGGUGAACAUUUAACAGAAGCUUAAACAUUGGUGAACAUUGGUGAACAUCACCAAUGACUAUAACAGCUUCAGACGCGAACGAGUUAUUGUGCAACAACAACACCAUAAAGACUCAUCAUGUCAAUCGCUCAGAUUUUUUAAUGAAAACUUGGCUCUCUAGACGAGAUCUUCAGUAAAAAGCAUUUCUUUUUAUUUCAACAAAGUUUAUAAGGAUCUCAAGGCGAAUAAAGCGAAGUAAACAUCACCAAUGACACACAACUCAUUGGCGUCUACAGCCAAUUUUGUUCAUUGGCGAUGUUAACGUCGCUUUAUUCGCCUUGAGAUCCUUAUAAACUUUGUUGCAAAAAAGGAGAAUUGCUUUUUACUAAAGAUCUUGUCUAGAAAGCCAAGUUUUCGUUAAAAAAUCUGAGCGAUUAACAUGAUGAGUCUUUACGGUGUUGUUGUCACACAAUAACUCGUUCGCAUCUGAAGUGGAUGUAGUCAUUAGCGAUGUUUACUUUCCUUUAUUUGCCUUGAGAUCCUUAUAAACUUUGUUACAAAUAAAAAGAAUUGCUUUUUACUAAAGAUCUUGUCUAGAAAGCCAAGUUUUCGUUAAAAAAUCUGAGCGAUUAACAUGAUGAGUCUUUACAGUGUUGUUGUCACACAAUAACUUGUUCGCGUCUGAAGCGGAUGUAGUCAUUGGUGAUGUUUACUUUACUUUAUUCGCCUUGAGAUCCUUAUAAACUUUGUUGCAAAUAAAAAGAAUUGCUUUUUACUAAAGAUCUUAUCUAGAAAGCCAAGUUUCCUUAAAAAAUAUGACCGAUUGUCAUGAUGAGUCUUUACAGUGUUGUUGUCACACAAUAACUUGUUCGCGUUUGAAGCUGUUAGAGUCAUUGUGAUGUUUACUUUACUUUAUUCGCCUUGAGAUCCUUAUAAACUUUGUUGCAAAUAAAAAGAAUUGCUUUUUACUAAAGAUCUUAUCUAGAAAGCCAAGUUUUCUUUAAAAAUCUGACCAAUUGUCAUGAUGAGUCUUUACAAUGUUGUCAGACAAUAACUCGUUGGCGUUUGAAGCUGCUUGAGUCAUUAGUGAUGUUUACUUCCCUUUUUUCGCCUUGAGAUCCUUAUAAACUUUGUUGAAAUAAAAAGAAAUGCUUUUUACUAAAGAUCUUGUCUAGAAAGCCAAGUUUUCGUUAAAAAAUCUGAGCGAUUGACAUGAUGAGUCUUUACGGUGUUGUUGUUGCACGAUAACUCGUUCGCAUCUUAAGUUGUUAUGGUCAUUGGUGAUGUUCAUCAAUGUUCACCAAUGUUUAAGCUUCUGUUAGAUGUUCACCAAUGUUCACCAGUGUUUUUUUACUAAAUAUCGUUUACUUUUCUGUAUGUUUAACUUCUAAUAAGUUGUAUUGGAUUGACAACCAACUCGCCGACGUCUCUACUCGAUUUUAUACGUUGGCAAGUUGGCAUCGGCGAGUUGACUGGUUACCAGUGUAUGAUGUCAGCAUCAGUGGAAAUUCUAUCCUAUUGAGGGUGACUGAUAAUUUUGGUGUGGGAAAAUGAAUAAAAGUUGAAAGGAAAGUUGGUUAAAAAAAACUUUGAGUUAAGACAUCACCAGUCAAUUGAAGAGUAUAUGCAUGAGAAAAGUGAGUCAGUAAAACCAAAACACCAGAAUUGUAUUAUGUAUUAUAUAUUUAAUUAUUAUAUAUUAUAUCUUCUUUUGAAGUCGCCAGGCAUGACUGCUUUCUCAGCCAUUUUUCUCUAAUGCUUCAGCCUCCUGUUAUAAGAGCAGAAAAUUAUAAAGAAAAGUCAUAUUAAAUUUGAGUUUAAACCUGCUACUUUUUACUGAUAGUGACUGUUAUAGGUAAAUAUUCAGAGGAGGAUAAAAAGUAAGAUUUGGUCUGCACAACUCUCUUAUUUUUAUUUUUUAACCUAAGGCAUUUAUAUUAUUGCUUUGUGCAUUAAGUGGUCACAUAUCAGUCUAGUUCACUCCUUUUUACAGCUUUCUUCAGCUGGAGGUUAACAAAACUUCCCAAAAUGUGCUUUAACAAUAGUGCCACUACAAAUUUAGAGCUUAUAAUCACUUAUGAAAUUCUGACAUUUUAACUCAAUGAAUUCACCAGAAUAUAUCUGGGAAGGUUACAGAAACUGACUCGUGAAUUCUUGCUCUUGAAUUCGAAACUUUAAGGCAACAAUUAUUUACUUUGACCAUGUGCACACCAGUGUGCUUCUGAGCUCAAAUUGCCAGAACCCUGUUUGAAUACAUGAUCACUGCUCAGAUGCUUCAUGCAAAAUGUACUGACAAUCAAUUUCAGAGAUUGAUUCUUUAGGUUACAGCAUUAGGAGAAAAUUAUUGAACUGCAAGCAUGUUCAUCAUAACCUGAGCAUCCAGUACGCCUCAAAAUGUUGUGCAAAGGGAAAUUGGCUCCAUGUUUUGUGAGACAAAGCAUUUCCUGAAGUUUUGCGGUCUUUAAUUCUCAGAUGUUUGACAGGUUCUCUCAUGACAAUAUUGUCAAAAUCAUGAUACUGCGUCAGACUUAUGUCAACAUGAAAAUGACUGACUCCAUCUCAUUUUAAUUCAGUUUUUGGAAAGUACACAUCUUCAACAAAUGGCGAUCUUUUAAGUGAAUAAAGGAAACCCUAUGAUAGUUAACUGAAGAGAGAAUUGUAGAAAUUGCUCACCCUGUUCACUAUCAUUUUCACCCUUCCAUUAUGUAAUGGCUAAAAUAGUGACCACAAUGCAGUUGGCCUGGCAUGCUGAAAGUUGCACCUUGUAUGGUGGGUCAUAUGGUCAUAAGUCCUAAUUUUUUUACUUGAUGGGUUACUAUUUUCUAUAAUCAUGGGGCUACACUGUGCACACUGCAAGCUCUGAUAUUAUUAUUCUUAUAAUUAUUAUUAUUUCCUUUGCCCCAUAAUGUUUUUUCCUAUCAUUGCCAUGUGUUCUUAGUUUUAAAUGGAAAUUAAUCUCCCUCCAACAGUUUAUAGUUUAUAUUAUUUUGCCCCCACUGGCCCAGGUUGAACAUCUUUCUUUAUUAUAGUUGUAGUAUGAUGGCCCAUGGUUUUAAUUUAGAAAACUCUUUUGUAAUUUUUCCUUAAUAGGGCUAACCGAUGAGAUGCGUAAUGAUUUCAGUAUGAUGAAGGAUCUGGCAGUUCACACCCGUGUAGAUCCUAUGGCACGCAACAAGUCCUUGAUGUCGUUUAUUGACACAAUAAGCAGGUACAUCUGAUGUAGUUGUGUAAGUCAGGGUGUGCAUUUCUCCUUGUGAAAUGUUUUAUGCAGGUAUCAUGACAGGUGAAGUUUGCUGACAAUAAAUGUCCUUUUCUUGGAAUGAAAACACCCUAUUAUGACUUUGUUGGUACUGUCAGUUUCAGUCGUACAGCCUCUCCUUUAAAAGAAAUUAUUUACAUCAGACAUUAAGGAUAUCAAUUUUUUUGAAACAGCCCUAUCUUGGAAACCCCGGUUUAGGUUGAUUUGUAAAAACACAUUUUAUCUUUCCAUCUAAGUAUUUUGAAUGCAGAUAAAAACCAAGUUACCAGAAAACAGUUAUUUUAGAAGUAGAAAUUGCUUUAAAUUGCAAAAGAAAGAGCCAUGUCAAAGUUGUGUAGUGUUGGAAGAUGUAGGCAAUUAUUAUAAAUCAUUUGAGUAUUCUAAUAUCCUGGCAUUUCUCGAGAUUGAAUUGAUUAUCUAAAUUUAUUUUAAUGUCUUAUUAGAUCAGUUUCAAUGGAAAUAGAUUCGGUUUUACCAGUGUGUUCCUGAAUGAAAUUGAAAAAAUACAAAUGUUUAAUUAAAUGGUUUUUGGUAUGUGUAAUUAAACAGCCUUGAGCCCUUUAGUGACACAUUUUAGUAAUUGUUGAUCAUUUUUCCUCAUACAGUAAUCCAGAUGCAUCAGCAGAAUUGUCUGGAUGGAAUUUAGAGGUAAGCUUAUAGCCAUUUCAAGAAAGUGAUAAUUUUGUAAUUUAAUGUAAAAGUAAGAUGUUUUCACUCUACAAUAAAGAUCGCUUAAAAAAAAUUAAAAUAGAGUCCCUCUAAAAAGAAUAACUCCUGACUAAGGGUGCUCAGGUUCACCCAUGCUACCACUGAAUUAUGGAAAGCAUUCUGGUGAAGGACACAGUCAUCAGGUUCCUGAUUGAUGCAUGCUGCUUACUGUAUGAACAAGAAAAAAGUUGGCGAGCCAAUAUGAUAAAAAGAUGGCAAAUAUUUAGCUUGAUUAUCUGAGAAAUUUGACUGGUCUAGUUUUUUUAGAGUUAUUCUUAAAAAAAGACAAUAUAUGGUUAUUUACUGUACAAUGUGUUUGUUUUUCUUGUCUCAUCAAUUUCGAUUUAAGCAAAGGUAUGCAGAAUACUAUUACGGAGUCAGUGGGUUGAUUUAUAGUAAAUGGUCACUUGAUGCAGAGUUUGGUAAAAUUGCACAAAAUCCCUCCAUUGCACCUUCUGUGAAACAAUUUCAACCACAUGACAGCCAAAUGCAUAUAGAUGUACAUCUUAACAUCUUCAUCUUUCACGUUUUUCAUUAAGUAGAAUAAAUACAUAAGCAUGGAUAGAUAAGGAAUUUCUCCUCCAUCUCUACAAGCAACUCUGUUAUUUUGUUUAUUUUAUAAACACCAUAAACCUUUACUAGUAGAGUAAAUUAUUGUGGUUAGUCCGUAGCCAUUCAUUUGUUGACCUGAAAGAAGGGCGAUAGGCAAGUGAUCUGUAAGUAGUUGACUGGCAAUAUCAACAUCUGUAAAAACGUUAAUGUAAGUUAACAUGUGUGCAGCUGCUGCUUUUCUCCAGUAAUAUCAUAAUUGGGUUUUCAUUGCAGUUUGAGAAAAGGACUCUUCAGAUGUCAGGAAGAGUUCUUCCUCCAGAAAAGAUUUUCCAGAAGAGUAAGAGUGUAAGUUGCUUUAUGAGUUUUAGUUAUUUUUGUGUUCAAGAAGUUUUCCAGUUAGAGCUUUAUUUCUAUUCAGAGUUCAUGAUUUAAUGUAAUUUUUCAUUUUGCUUUCAGUUUUCUUAUGAUGCAAAGACUGCUGAAUGGUCAAGGGAAAUGCGAGGAAAUCCACUUCAAAGCACUGUAAAUCUGGACAGCUGGCUUCUUAUAUACAGCAACAGGGACAGUGGAAAUGCAAAAGAAUUUGCACAAACUUUGAUCAAGGUUUGCGGUCCAAUGGGUAUCAGAGUCUCAAAAUCUGUUGAGUAAGUCUCAAUUUGUGUUGGUCACAACUGUGUAUGAGUUUAGGCUGCAAUGUCGAAAUAGCCACCCUUGAAGUAAGUUUUGAUCUCCAUUUUAGCCUCUUGGAAGUUUUCAGAGUUCAUAGUUUUAAAUGAAUGUAAGAUUAACUGCAUUUUGAUUGUUGUUAGUCAGUUUAUUUUUUCCUUAUGGUCAGUUCAUAAAGGUUUUUUUUUUUUGUUCUUUUCUUCGUGGGCCAAAUGUUGCCAAUUUUUUUUUUUUUCACCUCAAACAAAGUAUUUAUUUUAACAACAGUUUCUGAAAAACAUUUUUGUAAAAAAUUGAAACACACUUGAGUUAUUUACAGAAACUUUUUUCCAAACUGAAUUCUUUAAGCUGCCAAAGCAUUCCCAAUUGGACGAAGUUCUGUCACACACAACUGCAGAAUAGCUUUCCACAUACGACUGUUUUAUUGGCAAUGAGUGCAAGUGGGCAGUCAUUGCUGCUAUGGCAAACAUGAGUGCAGCAACCUUUAACAAGGGCAUUUUGUAAAUCCCCCUGAGUGUCUAACAGCAUACAGAAUUUGAUGGAGAAAAUGUAGAAAAUUUUCAUUUCCUCUAAGACCUUUGAUUCUUAUAGAGAAUAGUUCUUAAGGUGUCCUUUUUUCAGCCUCCCUUGACAAUUUCUUCUCUAUCUCUCUCACGUUAAAAUGUGAUUUUCCAAUAAAUACAUCAAAAUAACUUUGAGACUUCUCAGUGUAUAAAGUUCAUGUAUGGUUUUUUUUUUUAUAAAAAUAACAGUGGCAACCUAGAUCCUCUCUAUGUUUUCCAUAGCCAUUGGCCAGCAAUUGAUACUGGUUCUGCAAAACUUUGGUAAUGGAUGGAACAAUUAGCUUUAAGCCUUGCAAGUCAGUUAAGGCAUAAAGUGUAUUUUUUUUAGCAGUCACAAUUUAUUCUUUACUUUUCUUUAGAUGCCAGCUCAAUAAUGACAGAACUGAAAGUUACCUAGAUGCCAUUAAAGGUAACUUCAGUGAUUCACUUCAGAUGGUAGUAACUAUUUUGACAACAAACCGCAAAGACCGCUAUGAUGCCAUUAAGAAGUUGUGUUGCUUGGAAACCCCAGGUAAAUUUUGUAACUGUCUUUGGUAGAAAUGGUUUUUAGUGAUAUAAAUAAAACCAGUUUCAGUCGAGAACAUCAAGUGUUCUGUUUCUCUGGGUUUAUCAGACAGGUCUUUGAUUUAUAUGUGCAUGUAACUGCAUGGGCCCUGACAAGGGCAUUUUUGGGAAAACCUUGGAAUUACAAGAGAAUCUAAUACUUAAUGGCCCAAGGCAUUUGCAAUUACUUGUUUAUCACAUAAAGGGCAAAAUUUUUUAGGGAAUUGCUUCCUGCACCAUGUCCAAGGAAUGAAGCCUUUUCGAUACUGGUACAAACGUCAAAAGAAGCAUAACUUACCAAUAAAUUCAAUGAACAUUUUCUUCUAAAAUACAGUCAACAACAUUACACUGCUUCAUUCAUUUAAAUUGCAAUCAAUAAUUAUUGUUGCAAACAGCAAAAAGGCUCAAUCAGCAUCAGGUAAUUGUUCCCUCUUGAUUACCAAAAGUUCCAUCAUGAUUAAGAAAAGAAUGCCCUCUGUCCAACCAGCAUUCAAUAAUUUUGCCCUGCAUGUGAUAAGUGCGUUAAUCAUACUUUGUUUACGAGGGAUUUCAAAACAAGCCAGUGACCGUUGGAUUUCCACCGGCCACUUGAUAACAUGUCGCUAGUUACUCUGGUCAAAAAUUGUUACUUUUUUACUUUUUGGCCCUGUAUGAACUUUUCACAGCUACCUACUUUUUCAGAGUCUGGUGCCUGGUAUGUCAUUUAUCAACCCAACAAUGGAAAUGGACUACAGCCUCUCUAUUUUAAGCCAUAAGGCUAAUAAUGCCUCCUUAUGUUGCUGGUUGAUUUAAUUGAAGUAUGUCUAACCACUAAUUCUUGGUGGAUUUUGAAGUUUGGAUUUUUAGCUGUUUUCCUGUUAUUUAUUUCAGUUCCAUCCCAGGUCAUUGUUGGCCGAACCAUCUCAAAGAAGAAUAUGCUAAUGAGUGUAUGCACCAAAAUUGGCAUCCAGCUAAACUGUAAACUUGGUGGUGAAGCGUGGGCUGUCGAAAUUCCUGUAUGUUAACUCUUUUUACAUGUACAUCCAAGAUCAGAUUUUGAGAUGUAUCAGAUUAACACCUUCUAGCAGAUUACUGGGUGGUUGCAAAGUAUUUAAUUGGUUGAAAAGGUGUGGAAAUUAUGAUGAAGUCUUGAAAAGUGGGAAGGGAAGUAACGUGUUUAUCACAUCCAUGCUGAAGCCUUUUUCGUUGAUCACAGACAAUAACUAAUUUUGAAGUAAGCUUGUCAAACAGCACUAGUGUGAGUUUAGUUGACAUUGCCAAUGCUUUGUUUUCAACGGCAUGAUAGUUGGUCCUCAUCCAGGCAGCUUGGUGCAGAAAGAUUUUUCUACUCGGGCACCUGGUUGAGAAUAGCUUUUUAAAAGUUAUUUUAUGCUCAAAUGAUCCCUACCAAUGUCUGUUUUGAAAAAUACAAUUUAAAAGAUAGGUUACAGUGCUUGUUUAAUAGAUAUGGUGAGCCAAACUUACCCCACUUAUACCUGUUCUGGCACUAAUCAUGCGCUUCAUUUCAACGGUUCACGGUACAUUUUUAAGUCACUGGAAGCAAGGGCAUUAAAAGUAAAAUUUAAAAAACACUUGAUAGGUAGAAAGUCUUGAGCGCAUGGAACAAUUUGAUAUAUAAUAUGUGAAAAAUUACACAACUUUAAACAACAACGACUCAAAACAUUUCUCCAGUUGUUGCUUUCAAGAUCGUAAUUUGCAUCAACAAGUAACAGGCUUUCGGAAAAUUUUUUGCUAUAUCUUUUUUUUUUCCCUUUAAUGAAUUUUUAAAAUUUUUCUAAUUUAAUGGGGAUAAUUUGUUCACCAAAAUUAUGUAAUAAAAAUAUUGGUCACUGUGCUCAUUUACGAGCUAAAGACCAUCAUUAUGGUACGUGUAUUAAACAACAAUACCGCUCCCGCUUAUUCACCUGAUUGAGUCAUUUUUAUGUGCAGUACAGGAUGCACAGUGAAAUACCGAGGAAUCACCUAAAGGCAAAAUGUGGAAGUUUUGAAUGUGUGUCUGCUUAAAAUGUAUCCCUACGUGGACAAGAGCGUGAAGAGAGAGAUAGAAAGAACAUUCCACUGGUUAUGAUUAAGACGAAACUUAGUUGAAAUUUUGCCUCAUUAAGUGAACAAUGAAAUGCACAUAGUUCUGCAAAUUAUAAUAAAUAAUAGAUACUUUUUAAAACACAGUGGGCUAUAGUGAUAAAGAAAGUUGUAGGUAUGAGAGAAUGAUCAUUUGCUGAUUUUGUUCUCAUCCCUCUUACAUUUUCUUCUAAAUUGACAUAACUGUUGUUAAUUUUUAAUUCCAUAGAGCAACUUUUUCCUUUUCAGAUGAAGAGGACUAUGGUGAUAGGAAUUGACACUUAUCAUGACAGUCUGCAGAAGGGCCGCUCUGUUGGUGGAUUUGUUGCAAGUACAAACGCUACCCUCACAAAGUGAGUAAUCCCUUUUUCCCUUAUUUUAUUAUUGUUACUAUUAUUAUUAUUAUUAUUAUUAUUAUUAUUCUCAUUCUCAGAUCUGUUUUGGCGGGUGGAAGAUGACAGCUUCAUUAAUAACUUGCCAGAAACAUCCAUUUAGCAAUCACAAAAUUAUUGGCUUAGUGGAUCCAGAUUUAGGCAUUGACUGGUAUUCCUGGGGUAACAAUUACUAGACGAAACUGAGGAUUGUGGGGAUGGCCUCUUAGCUAACUGGGGUGUUGGACAAACUUUGUGGACAUUUAUCAGCACAAUUUAUCUAUGGAGUCUUGUUUGGUUUGCCAACCAGACCAUUCCUCUGACCCCUACCUAAGAUGAUGACUGACCUAAUGCCUUAACUGUUAUUAUUUUUUUAGGUAUUAUUCAAGGGUGACUUUUCAACAUACGGGAAUGGAGCUAAUUGAUGGUCUAAAGACUCUUAUGACUGGUAUUACAGUUUGCAUCUUCAUUUUCAUAUUUUUUAUUGUGUUUCACUAACAGCAACAGGAGGUAUUAUUCCUGGACUGUGUAGUCAAACUUCAGGGGUUUGUUUGUUGGUUGGUUUUGCUGGCCCAUUUUUUUGUUGUUGAUGUUGUUUUUUUUGCAUUUUUUCUCAGAAAAAGUUGCUUAACCUUUAAUCCCAAUUGCAUUUAGGGACCCUGCAGUCUUGAAUCACAAUUUUGUAAUGAAUGAAUUUCAUUUAACCUGCGGGUUAGAAUCAAUCAAUCAUUGGACAGAAUUUUGGUUACUCUUGUAUAAAGGUUUUGAAAGAAUUGAUGGUUCGGAAGGAGGCUUAGGCCAUGGAUUCUUUCCUGUUUUGAAAUCUCAGUGUGGACAUAUGAAGUGUUCACGAGGGGUCUUCUCUGUCUAAAUCCUGCCCUAAGUGUUGUUUUCUGGGAGCCAGUAUUUAUUUCCACUUUUCAUUCGAUUCUUUUUUCUAAACAGCACAAUUUGGAUGAAACCAACAGUACGAAAUUUAAGGAAUCAGAAUGAGAUUGAACUGCACAACAAAAUUCAAAAUGUGGUUGCUGUUGAGAAUGAUAAUCAGCUAUAUGCUCAUUUGAAGUUAGGCAACAAUGAAAACGAAUGGCAAAUCACAAUAUUGCUACGCUUUAUCUUCAAUUUCACAGCUGCUCUCAAGAAGUACAGGGAUCUGAAUGGUGGCUUGCCAGAUAGAAUCAUUGUUUAUCGUGAUGGCGUUGGUGAUGGCCAGUUGAAAACUGUUGUAAACCAUGAAGUUCCACAACUGAAAGCAUCCUUCAAGGAUCUUCCAACAGAUUACUCGUAAGAAGUUCAAAAUUUAUGUAUGCGCAGUAAUUGAAAUGUUUUCUGAUAGAAUUUGGAUUCAUGCUGACUCUGUGGAAGUCCUUAAAAUUUUAAUUCAGUGUCAACUUUAAUUUUGUACUGUAACCAUGACCUUGUUUGAGUUAUGAUAUGAUAAAAAGUUUACAUGUGGAAAAUAACUUUUUUUGUAUUUUGUUAAGUUGCUUACAACAAAUCAGGUACUUAUCUGUGGUAAAAGACAGCCUGUUGUUUCACAAUCUGGUGCUCGAAAUUAGCCUUAGCAAUUUAAGCAAUAUUUGUAAUUACGAUAACUUGAACCGUUAUUAUUGUUUAGACCGAAAUUUGCAGUGGUCAUAGUGAAGAAGAGGAUCAGUGCAAGAAUCUUCCACCAACCUAGUGUUGACGCUCUGAGCAACCCGCCUCCUGGCACUGUAGUUGACUCGGUUAUCACAAAGAAGCAGUGGUAUGCCUCAAAUUAAAAGCAGUCAAGAUUUUAGUUUUUUUGAAAAUUUUAGCCCAUGAAAAUCACAGUGGUUAGAAUAUGGCCUUGUUUUUCUUAUAAGGUAUGACUUUUUCUGUGUGAGCCAGUCAGUUCGUCAAGGAACGGUGUCACCAACCCAUUACAAUGUGAUCGAAGACAGCACUGGUCUGUUGCCAGAUCACUUCCAGCGCCUCACUUACAAGCUAACACAUCUGUACUAUAACUGGCCGGUGAGUUAAAUCUCUAAUUUUGUUUUUUUUAGUUGACAGUUGAGGCUGAUAACUUUGUUGUGACACAAGUAUGUACUUGUUGCAUUGGGAGGGUAAUUAUUUUGACGGGAAGUGAGGAAAUAGGAAAACCAAAGACCAAUAUGAGACAAGGAAAGAAACACUUGUUUUGUAAGAGAGGAGACUGAUAAAUAAAAGUGUGGUGAUAAAAGUGGAUUACUCAACAGAUUUAAGGGUGGGAAUCAGGUCAAAGUUUUCUUUCAAAAGGGUUGAACUACUAUUGACUUGGAAGUGUUUUAUUUAAACGCUCACCCCUAAUAAGAAUUAGGUAGCCAAAUCUUUUUAUUCCAUGGUUAAAUAUUUCUAUUGCGCAUACAUUUCUAAUCAAAGUUCUUAACCUUUUUAGGGCACCGUACGCGUACCAGCUCCUUGCCAGUACGCCCACAAAUUGGCUUUCCUAGUUGGACAGUCACUCCAUAAGCCUCCCCAUAUUGAACUCGCCGAAAAACUGUUUUUCCUCUAAUGGUAGAUGUCUGCCGUGGAAAAGUGUUAAACUUCGUUUCGGUUUUCUCUGCUCUUCAUAUCACCGUUAGUCCUAAUGAAGGACAAGAUGACAGUUGUUGCGUUUUGUUGGAAAUUUGAUUGAAUACAGUUAAUAUAAACGGAGGGAAGUUAUUCAUCGGAAGUUAUUCAUUACAGCAUGGAGACACAUUUUCCUCUCUUAGGGAAGAAAAUUUAAACCCAUUUACUCCGUUACUUGAUCACUUUUUUGAUCACAUGUUUCUAUUUUCGCAGAAAUACUAUUAAAUUGUUGUUUUGAACAUUGUUCAGGUUUGAUAAUAUUGAAGGAGACAAUUUAAGAACAAGUCUCUGUGAGAAUCAAACAUCUUGGGGAAUGACAAUUUUCAACCCCCUUUCAAAUUUUGCAUGCAUUUAGGAACUUAAGGGG